AUGCCUAAACUCGACAUGCACGACUUCCUGGCAGCGCUGCCCAAAUGUGAGCAUCACAUGCACCUGGAGGGCUCGCUCAGCCCGGAGCUCCUCUUCACGCUCUCGGAGCGCAACAAGAUCGCCCUGCCCCCGGCCAGCGAGGACCCAGCCUUCGCGUCGCCGGCGGCGCUGUACGAGCGCUACGCCAGGUUCUCGUCGCUGGACGACUUCCUGCACUACUACUACAUCGGCUUCACGGUGCUGAUCCACGAGUCCGACUUCGAGGACCUGGCGUACACCUACUUCGAGAAGGCGGCGGCCCAGGGCGUCCGCCACGCCGAGGUCUUCUUCGACCCGCAGGUGCACGUCAACAGGGGCAUCGCCUACGAGACGGUCGUGGGCGGCUUCACCAAGGCGCGGAAGCGCGCCGAGGAGGCGCUCGGCAUCACGAGCCUGCUGAUCCCGUGCCUGCUGCGGCACCUGCCCGUGCCGGAGUCGGUGGCCUGCUUCGAGACUAUGAGGGAUGCAGGCCACUUCCGCGACGGCACGCUGGCGGGCAUGGGGCUGUGCUCCACCGAGAAGGACAGCCCGCCUUCGAUGUGGAAGGAGGCGUUUGCCCUGGCCAAGAAGGAGGGCGUCAGGCUUACCGCCCACGCGGGAGAGGAAGGGCCUGCGGCGUACAUCACCGAGGCGCUGGACGAGCUGAGCGUGUCGAGGAUCGACCACGGCGUGAACGCGAGGCACGACGAGGCUGUCAUGCAGAGGCUGGCGAAGGAGAGGGUGAUGCUGAGCGUGUGCCCGCUCUCGAACGUGGUGCUGAGGGGCGUCACCAAGGUCAGCGAGGUGCCCAUCCGGACGUUCCUGGACAAGGGUGUGCCAUUCAGCAUUUCGAGUGACGACCCGGCGUACUUUGGAGGAUAUAUCCUGGAUAACUACUACGCUGUGCAGGAGGCUUUCAAUCUCAGCGUGGACGAGUGGAUUUCCAUUGCGGUGAACGCGGUUGAAGGGAGCUGGUGUGGCCAGACGCGGAAGGCCGAAAUCCUUUGGGAGAUCGAGAAGCUUGCGGCCGAGGUCAAGGGCAAAGAACCGGCCUAG